AAAAGAAUGAAAAGGCGGACCUGGUCAUUCGUCUCCGCCCGGGGUCUCUGUGAGGACGGCGGAGAGAAGCGACCUCUGCCCAAUACCGGGCGCAGCCUUGCCGUCUCCUCGGGGCUCACCCAGCAGCCACCAGCAAAGCAGCUGGUUUCAAACGCCCAGCACGACAGGGAGAGGAGGAGGGAGCAUAUGCAACCAUAGACAGUCACCAGAGUCCAGCCUCCCGCAACGAGUCGCUACAGCCAGGCGCCUGCGCCCAGAAGCGCUUCUCGCGCCGACCGUUUGUAUUUGGAAUUGUGGGUUCCUGCCCGCCACGCACCACCACAAGACCUUCAAAGCUGGGAGCUUCUCUGUGCUGCAGGAUUCCUCGCUGCCGAUUCCACACCGCGUUCAAGACUCCUGUGAAGAGCGACUCUGCUGAGAGCCUCCUCAAUGGCCAGUCCAAUUGUAACUCGCAGCUGAGAAGUUUUUCUUAUCUUGAUGGUCAGAGUGGCUCGUGCUGCGAAGUGAGAAACAAGGAAUCUAUAGCGAAUCGUAAACAACAGAAAUAAAAAUGCGUCUCCGUUAAGAGUCGGAGCCUGACGUCACUUCCGGCAACAAUAGGAAACGUCAAAACUGGGACAGUCGGCAGUUCUGGCUCCUGCAGCUGGAGGUACCCUGAGUUCUGAGGGUCGUAGUGCUGUUUCUGGUAUUCUCAUCGCAGUCACCUCCACCGGUGUGGACAAGUAAAGUUUGAACCAGCUUCUCCAUGGCCUGGGCACCAGUUCCCGGCUGAGCCAUUUUCCUUUUGGCUAAAAGCCCCCGCCCAGAGGCCAGUUCGUCGCGGCGGCGGUGGAGAUCGCAGGUCGCUCAGGCUUGCAGAUGGGUCAAGGGUUGUGGAGAGUGGUCAGAAACCAGCAGCUACAACAAGAAGGCUACAGUGAGCAAGGCUACCUCACCAGAGAGCAGAGCAGGAGAAUGGCUGCGAGCAACAUUUCUAACACCAAUCAUCGUAAACAAGUCCAAGGAGGCAUUGACAUAUAUCAUCUUUUGAAGGCAAGGAAAUCAAAAGAACAGGAAGGAUUCAUUAAUUUGGAAAUGUUGCCUCCUGAGCUAAGCUUUACCAUCUUGUCCUACCUGAAUGCAACUGACCUUUGCUUGGCUUCAUGUGUUUGGCAGGACCUUGCGAAUGAUGAACUUCUCUGGCAAGGGUUGUGCAAAUCCACUUGGGGUCACUGUUCCAUAUACAAUAAGAACCCACCUUUAGGAUUUUCUUUUAGAAAAUUAUAUAUGCAGCUGGAUGAAGGCAGCCUCACCUUUAAUGCCAACCCAGAUGAGGGAGUGAACUACUUUAUGUCCAAGGGUAUCCUAGAUGAUUCGCCAAAGGAAAUAGCAAAGUUUAUCUUCUGUACAAGAACACUAAAUUGGAAAAAACUGAGAAUCUAUCUUGAUGAAAGGAGAGAUGUCUUGGAUGACCUUGUAACAUUGCAUAAUUUUAGAAAUCAGUUCUUGCCAAAUGCACUGAGAGAAUUUUUUCGUCAUAUCCAUGCCCCUGAAGAGCGUGGAGAGUAUCUUGAAACUCUUAUAACAAAGUUCUCACAUAGAUUCUGUGCUUGCAACCCUGAUUUAAUGCGAGAACUUGGCCUUAGUCCUGAUGCUGUCUAUGUACUGUGCUACUCUUUGAUUCUACUUUCCAUUGACCUCACUAGCCCUCAUGUGAAGAAUAAAAUGUCAAAAAGAGAAUUUAUUCGAAAUACCCGUCGCGCUGCUCAAAAUAUUAGUGAAGAUUUUGUAGGGCAUCUUUAUGACAAUAUCUACCUUAUUGGCCAUGUGGCUGCAUAAAAGCACAAUUGCUAGGACUUCAGUUUUUACUUCAGACUAAAGCUACCCAAGGACUUAGCAGAUAUGGGGGUUACAUCAGUGUUGGUCAUUGUAGGCUGAGUAUACAAUCAAGCUUCAGUGUGCAACCUUUUUUUCUUUUGCCAUUUUCUAUUUUAGUAAUUUCUUUGGGGAACUAAAUAAUUUUGCAGAAUUUUUCCUAAUUUUGUUUGUCAUGUUUUGCACAAAGCAGAGCCACUAUCUAACACAGCUGUUAAAGAAUGAUAAACUGACAUUAUACUCUAAAAGAUGGUGUAUUUGUGCAUUAGAUUUGCCUGAAAAACUUUAUCCAUUUCCAUUCUUUAUACAAAUACCAUGUAAUGUGUACAUAUUUAACUAAAGAGAUUUAUAGUCAUAAUUAUUUUAUUGUAAAGAUUUUAACUAAAGUUUUUCCUUUUCUCUCAAACUGAGUUCUGAAAUUUAUUUGAUUCUGAUCUGAAACUAUUGUCUUCGUAAACGUUAGAUCUGACUUCAGAUAGAAACCAAUACCAGCUUCCUUUUCCUUUAAACUUUGAAGAGUGUUGAUUUGUUACUGUAUUACUAUGCAAAACUGGCAGUUAUUUUUAUAAUAUAAAUUUAUAAUUUGAUUUUUUAUUUUAAAAACUGGGUUAAUCAAGUCUCGGUAAGUCCUUUAAACCAUUUAGGAUUUUUAAAACAUCAAAAUUUAUGAUUUACAUUCAUAGGAAUAAAAUAAAAUAUUAUUAGAACUCUGGUAAA